AUGGCCUUGCUAUCAAGGCAAUUUUCUAAGUACUUGAAGCAGAAUGAGACAAAGAAAAAGAAUGGAAAAAGUGCAGAGGUUGACAGUUCAUCGAAGAACAUUCAAUGCUUCGAGUGCAAAGGCUUUGGGCAUGUUAGUUCUGAAUGUACAAAUCUGUUGAAGCAAAAGAAGAAGGCGCUGACUUGCAUCAAGAGUGAUUUAGACGAUGAAUUGGUUUUGAAUAAUUUUGUGGCGUUUACAACGUUUGUCUCCAGCUUUGUAUCAGAAUCUGCAGCAGAAACUGAGAGUGGCAACGAUGGAAGUGCUACUGAUGUUGAGAGUAUUGGUGAUGAAGAAUUUGUUAGGAACUAUGAGAUGUUGUAUGAACACUAG